AUGAGCACGAGAUCCCUCAACUCGAUAGAGUGGUUGGAGGAGUAUUGGGAUGGAUCCAAUGCCGAAGCUGGUUCUCUUUCUAAUUCUUCUUGUUUCGGUGAUUUUAGUCACUGCGAUAAGAUUGUUAAAAAAUGGGCAAUCUCUUCCCUUCAACAACGAGUUAAAGAGGACAAACAUACUCUUCGAGAUUUGUUGUUUUUCCUCCAUGUCCCAAGGACUGGUGGGCGCACGUAUUUUCACUGUUUCUUGAAAAAGUUGUACUCUAAUGCUCAAGAAUGUCCCCGUUCUUAUGAUAAGCUACGAUUUGAUCCAAGUAAGCAGGAAUGCAGGUUGUUGGUAACUCAUGAUGACUAUAGCAUGAUGUCCAAACUUCCCAAGGAGAAAACUUCUGUGGUGACCAUUCUUAGAAAUCCAGUUGACCGCAUCUUUAGCACUUAUGAAUUCUCAGUUGAAGUAGCGGCGAGGUUUUUGGUGCAUCCCAACUUAACUUCUGCCACAAAAAUGGUUGGCCGCAUGCGCCCUGGAGCUACUGGAGUUAGUACAUUGGAUAUAUGGCCAUGGAAAUAUUUGGUUCCGUGGAUGAGGGAAGACCUUUUUGCUCGGAGGGAUGCUAGAAAACUGAUGGGUGCAAUUGACAUUAAGAGGAAUGACCCAUACAACAUGGAGGAAAUGGUUAUGCCAUUACUGGAAUAUAUCAAUGACCCUAGAGCCCAUGACCUUGUACACAAUGGAGAGACAUUCCAGGUUGCUGGGUUGACAAACAACUCUUAUUUUGCGGAAGCACAUGAAGUGCGUCAUUGUGUGCAGAAGCAUAAGAUUCUUGGUGAACAUGUUCUUGAAGUUGCAAAGAAGAGGUUGGAUGAUAUGCUAUAUGUUGGACUCACUGAGGACCACAGAGAAUCUGCAACAAUGUUUGCGAAUGUAGUUGGUGCACAGGUGAUUUCUCAAGCGUUAACAGCAAAUUCUAGCAUGGAGAAUGCUGCUGCUAGGAAAUCAGAACAGGGUUCUUCGCUUUCUGAUACCGAGCCUGACAACGAUGAUCAUCAGGAUAGCACCUCAGACCACAAGGCAGGUGAAACUGGUUCAACAGAGGAUGUGGAAGAGAAGAAAGAAACUGUAAGGCACAUGAUGACUGUGGGGAAACUUAUGGAAGCUUAUGAAGGCUGCAUGUCUGGUUUACGAAAGAUCCAGGCACGUCGCCGCAAGUCUUCUUUGAAGAGAAUCUCUCCAGCAAACUUUUCGAAGGAGGAUCGUCUUAGGAUUUCUGAGGAGGUUAUUGAGCAGAUAAGAUCACUAAACUACCUUGAUUUCGAACUUUAUAAAUAUGCUCAGGAGAUCUUUGCAAAGCAACACAAGCAUGCGGUGGAAAUUUUGUCUAGUACGGAUGGGUUGGAGAGCAUGUUCAACAACCUAGGUGGCAUCACGAUAUGGAAAACCUUUUCGUCAGCCAUUCAAAAGCAUGGAGAAAACGACGUCGUAUCCGAGGAUGAUAAAAUGAGUAAUUCUUGGUUUUUCGACGAGAAUUUUAGUGGGGUUCCGGAUAAUUUUUUCGAUGAUGCCUUGGGGUGCUUUGAUAUCCCAUUGGAAGAUGUUGAACCAAAUGACGAUGGAGAAGACUGGGAGACUAAAUUUCGACACCUCGAGCCGCCGCCCUCUAACGUUUUAACUAGUUUUUCAACCGAUUUUUCUGGUGAAGGUGGCAAUGGGACUCUGGAAGCAACGAAAACCUCGGCCGUUUUGCUUGACGGAUCUUCCCAGUUAAAAAAGUGGCCAAGCUCUACCGAAGCAUCCUCAAGCAGGCUCAUUCCCAUCCUUCUUCACUCUUCAGACAGCAAGUAUUCUCAUUUGUUCCGGACCACCAGCCCAGUUUCAGUCUUGGAAAGCAGUGGCAGUUCUUGUUCCACUGAAAAUGCGAUAACAUAUUACCCCAAAUUUGUCACACCAGUAAAGCGCCCUCGAAGCAAGCAUCCACGUCCCCGGAGACGUACAUUCCCUUUUAUUCCCACUGCUUGUGUCUCUGAGAAAUUUCAGCGUUUGGCUGUACCGGAUCCAGAAUUAGAAUCCAGUAAUGAUGAGGAAAUGUUGGACUCUGCCAAGAAAAGACAGAAAAAAAGGAAUCUGAUGCUGCUUUCUUCUACAGUAGAGAUGGCGCCAAAGAUGAAGCAGCCAGUUGAAAACAGGAGAUGCACACAUUGUCAGGUGACAAAGACUCCACAAUGGAGAGAAGGACCCUUGGGGCCAAAAACCCUUUGCAAUGCUUGUGGGGUUCGUUACAGAUCAGGACGCCUCCUUCCAGAGUACCGACCUGCUGCCAGCCCUACCUUUGUUCCAUUUUUGCACUCCAACUCUCACAGGAAGGUGCUAGAGAUGAGAAAGCAGACAGAGCAGGUGACCCCAAUGGCAGCAAUGGAUUUAUUAAUGCCAGAGGUGCUCGAGGAGGAUCUCGAUGGGUUUAAGGGUGUGGUUGGUUGA